AUGAUUAGCAUUAAAAUACAUACUGGGAACAAGCUUUUGAAAGUGAUGGCGGCAUACUCCACGAAAGUAUCUCUGAAUGAGGUCGUCAUAGCUUCAGCAGUAAGAACUCCUAUGGGUUCUUUUAGGGGGAGUUUGGCAAGUCUUUCUGCAAGUGAACUUGGUGCUGUAGCCGUUAAAGCAGCUGUUGAAAGAGCCGGCAUCCCCAAAGAAGAAGUAAAGGAGGUAUACAUUGGAAAUGUCUGUUCUGCUAGCCUUGGGCAAGCUCCUGCACGACAGGCAGUUAUUUUUGCUGGACUUCCAAAAAGCACAAUAUGUACUACAGUGAAUAAAGUGUGUGCUUCUGGAAUGAAGUCAAUAAUGCUUGCUGCCCAAGGGUUACAAACUGGAGCACAAGAUGUGAUUUUGGCUGCUGGAAUGGAGUCAAUGUCUAAUGUUCCAUUUUACUUAAAACGAGGGGAAACCACAUAUGGUGGUAUGCAGUUAGUUGAUGGUAUAGUGUUUGAUGGGCUAACAGAUGUUUAUAAUAAGUUUCAUAUGGGUAAUUGUGCAGAGAAUACUGCAAAAAAAUUGGAAAUUUCAAGGCAACAGCAGGAUGACUACGCCAUUGGCAGCUAUAAAAAAAGUGCAGCUGCUUAUGAGUCCAAAGCUUUUGCAGAUGAAUUAGUUCCUGUUUCGGUGCCUCAAAAAAGAGGUGCAGCGCCUGUAUUGUUUGCAGAAGAUGAAGAAUACAAGAAAGUUAAUUUUGAAAAAUUUACUAAACUAGCAACAGUAUUCCAAAAAGAAAAUGGAACUGUAACAGCGGGUAAUGCUUCAACUUUAAAUGAUGGUGCAGCGGCUUUGGUGUUAAUGACUGCUGAAGCAGCAAAGAGAUUAAAUGUAACACCAAUUGCACGUAUUGUGGGGUUUGCUGAUGGGGAGUGUGAUCCAAUUGACUUUCCCAUUGCUCCAGCUGUUGCAAUCCCUAAACUUUUAGAAAAAACUGGAGUGAAAAAGGAUGAUGUUGCUUUGUGGGAAAUAAAUGAAGCUUUCAGUGUGGUUGCAGUGGCUAACCAAAAAUUGCUCGAAUUGGACCCUGCUAAAGUCAAUGUCCAUGGAGGCGCUGUAAGUUUGGGACAUCCAAUUGGCAUGUCCGGGGCUAGGAUUGUGGUUCACUUAUGUCAUGCAUUAAAGAAAGGAGAAAAGGGUGUAGCAUCUAUUUGCAAUGGAGGUGGUGGGGCGUCUUCUAUUAUGGUUGAAAAAUUACCUGGAGCUUUGCAAAAGCCUCCUGUUUUAACACUUUACACAAAAGAUCCUUGUCCUUUAUGUGAUAUAGUAAUGGAAGAGCUUGAGCCCUACAAGGAUAGAUUGAUGGUUCAGAAAAUUUAUAUAACGGAGAAGGAAAACCUGCGGAUGAAGCCACUCUCC